GCAACCUUCCUUCGCUCCCUGGUUGUCUCCGCGCGGCGACCACUUCACCACGACCUCUCCUCCACCUCGGCCUCGCCGCUAUACAGCCAGCCGAGCUCGGCUCCAAUCCAGACCAGACCGCAAUUAUAUAACCACCGCCGCUCCCACCUUCCCAGAACUUUUGCCCCCCUCCCCACCUCUCGUUCCCUCCCCCUCCCCCUCCCCUCCCCACGCCCGCGCCGGCGAGAUCUGCCCAGAGUGGACCCCCGGCGAGGAUGAGCAGCCCCCAUGGCGGCCUCGACGACCAGAUCGAGCGCCUCAUGCAGUGCAAGCCCCUCCCCGAGGCCGAGGUUAGAGCACUGUGCGAGAAGGCCAAGGAGAUUUUGAUGGAGGAGAGCAAUGUUCAGCCUGUAAGGAGUCCUGUUACAAUCUGUGGUGAUAUUCAUGGGCAGUUUCACGAUCUUGCGGAACUGUUCCGAAUUGGUGGAAAGUGUCCGGAUACAAAUUACUUGUUUAUGGGAGAUUAUGUAGAUCGUGGCUACUAUUCUGUCGAAACUGUCACGCUGUUGGUGUCCUUGAAAGUUCGUUAUCCUCAGCGAAUCACCAUUCUUAGAGGAAACCAUGAAAGCCGACAGAUCACUCAAGUUUAUGGAUUCUAUGACGAGUGCUUAAGGAAGUAUGGAAAUGCAACUGUGUGGAAAACCUUUACGGAUCUGUUUGACUACUUCCCCUUGACAGCAUUGGUCGAGUCAGAAAUAUUUUGCUUGCAUGGUGGAUUAUCACCAUCCAUUGAGACACUUGAUAACAUACGUAACUUUGACCGCACCCAAGAAGUUCCUCAUGAAGGGCCCAUGUGUGAUCUUCUGUGGUCUGACCCCGAUGAUCGAUGCGGUUGGGGUAUUUCUCCUCGAGGCGCUGGAUAUACCUUCGGACAGGAUAUAUCAGAGCAGUUCAAUCAUACCAAUAACUUACGACUUAUUGCUAGAGCUCACCAGUUGGUGAUGGAGGGAUUCAACUGGGCUCAUGAGCAAAAAGUGGUCACCAUAUUUAGUGCACCUAAUUAUUGCUACCGCUGUGGAAACAUGGCAUCAAUCUUGGAAGUUGAUGAUUGCCGGGAGCAUACUUUCAUCCAGUUCGAGCCGGCCCCGAGAAGGGGAGAACCAGACGUAACUCGUAGAACGCCAGACUACUUCCUGUGAUGAUGUGAAAUCGGUGCCGACCUCUGCACCAAAGGUUUGAUAACUAGCUGAAGUUUGUUGGCCGCAGACAAAUCUUUUUGCUGAAAGUCAGUCUCCCGUGUGCUAUUCUUGUUAAUUUUUUCGCCCAUGAUGCCCCCUGGCUGCUUGCGAGCCGCUUCGCCGCAUCGUGACCAAAGUGUAUACCUACCUACAGCUGGAAGGAAAGGAUCAAUUGUGUUACUCACCUCUCUAAUUGAUUUGAUGCUCUGCUUGGUGGAUGCUGUGGUAGUGAACGAACUUGAGCAUCAAGCAGGGUUUGUAUUGUGAAAGGAAGCCUUUUUCAUUUCGUUCCCCCCUCUGUAUUCAUUUUUUCCCCAUGUUCGCACGCUUCGCCUAAUUUUUAUUUUCUUUUGAUGAUUAUUUGUUGUAGAGAUGAACACUGUAGUUGUAUGAUCCCGUGCUGAGAGCCCUUGUUAGGUCUUGUGAACCCGUAUUGACUUUCCGUAUAGAAUACCUGUACUUGUAGUA